GCAUGACUGUUUGUGGAGAGGAACGUGGGCUGUGUGUGAGUCGGUGCUGUUUGGGUCUUUAGCAUUCUCAUACCCCGCUGUCGACCUUUGAAUCUCGGGGCCCGGUAGGUAGGCAGCUCCGCCGUCCACGGUCCCAAUUGGCUGAGAUCUUUUCCGCUGCACACAGCUGCUUCCUGCUGCAUCUGGUAGCCCAAACAGUGUACACACACAGACUUACAGAGUGUUUUUCUACACGCACUUUGAGAGUGUGCACGAUGUUGCUAGAGCCCAAAGUCCCUCAGUGAGUGGCGCGGUCUGUUAUCGUAAUGUUUGAAGAUUAACGAGGUUAUCGGUGUCCUGUAAAACACAUCUACUGCAAGCUGUCAAUCGGGAAGCGGGCAGAGGAGGCGGACUGACUAGGAGAAAGGAAGCUCCCGCUGUAGCUGCAUCGGACAACUGCAUAGCACGGUGCCAUGGCCGAGAAGCGGAUGUCACGCUGGUACUUCGGUGGGCUGGCGUCCUGCGGGGCCGCCUGCUGCACGCAUCCUCUGGAUCUACUGAAGGUACACCUGCAGACGCAGCAGGAGGUGAAGAAGAGGAUGAUGGGGAUGGCCAUUCAUGUGGUGAAGAGCGAUGGUGUGCUGGCUCUUUAUAGUGGCCUCUCUGCCUCCCUUUGUAGACAGAUGUCCUAUUCACUCACUCGAUUCGCCAUCUAUGAGACGGUGAGGGACAUGAUGGGCAGCACAAGCCAGGGUCCCAUGCCCUUUUACCAGAAGGUCCUGCUGGGAGCCUUCGGAGGUUUUACUGGAGGAUUUGUAGGCACGCCUGCAGACAUGGUGAAUGUCAGGAUGCAGAAUGACAUGAAACUACCACCAGAGCUGAGGAGGAACUACAAACAUGCCAUCGAUGGGCUCUUCAGAGUCUUCAGAGAAGAGGGUCUGAGGAGACUGUUCUCUGGAGCCACCAUGGCCUCCAGCAGAGGAGCCAUGGUCACUGUCGGACAGUUGGCGUGUUACGACCAGGCCAAGCAGCUGGUGCUGGGCACAGGCAUGAUGGGGGAUAACAUACUCACACACUUUCUCUCCAGCUUCAUCGCUGGAGGCUGUGCUACAUUCUUGUGUCAGCCUCUGGACGUACUAAAGACGAGGCUCAUGAGCUCGAAGGGCGAGUACACAGGGGUGAGGCAUUGCAUACGAGAAACUGCCAAGCUUGGUCCCAUGGCAUUUUACAAGGGUCUCGUCCCCGCAGGGAUCCGCUUGAUUCCUCACACAGUGCUCACCUUCAUCUUCCUCGAGCAGCUCAAGCAAAACUUCGGCAUUCGCAUCAUCUCCUGAGUACGCUCUACGACCCUGAACCCCAAACAGCCACACCCCCCUCCCGUCAUCGCUAUACUCUUGGCAUUAUAGGCAAAAAAGGAAGAAAGGGAGUGGUGCACAGCUUAUUUAAUGUGCUUGUGCAUAUUCCCCUUCUCUUCUUGCUCUACCUCUAUCUCACGACUAAUAAUGAUGUUGAUUUUUAUGGGCACCAACUUCUAGAAGGUACAAUUACAGUAACUAUGGUUUUCUCUAUCAGCAUAGAUGUUAAGAAAAAAACAUGCUUAUUGUAAAAUUGCUUCAAAUUUGGAAUUAGAAUGACCUGGCAAAUGUAGAAAGAAGAUUAUAAUUAGCUCGAGCAGAUGUCCAGUAUAAUUUCAGGUGGGGUUAGUUUGGGACAGGAUUACAUGUAUUACUGUAUGUGAUCAUUUAAGGAGCUAUUAAUCUGUCAAGACAGACACUAAAUGUUGACUUUUAACUAUUUCCAGUUCAGAUGUUAUGUUUUAAUUUCAGCAGUUUCACCAGUGGUGUACAAAGCCUUCGGAGCUAACACAAGUGUAAUCCCCAGUUGUUGCUUAAAAAGUGCCAAUAAUGUGUCUCCCACUAAUACUUUAUUAGUGUCCAGUUAUCAUAUAGCAGAAAUCCAACAUGCUUACUAACGCAGUGUAGUCCUGUAGUGCCAUUCUUUCAAAUCUAUAGUUCCCAGAAGCCAUUACUGAAACACGACUGAAUGCUGUUGUAUGUCAUUACAUAGUAAUCAUUCCCAACAGUGGUGACCAAAUGAGAUGCAACCUGGAUUUCACAGUUCACUGAAUUGAUGUUUUAUAACUGGAACUACUAUCAGGUUAAAAUGUCCUCAACUUUUGACCCAAUUCUCCUUUUCUUCAUUCCUCUGUCAUCAUUUCACUCUGAAAUGUUUUAGAGAAGAGGACCAAGCUUGUUUGUCUUGUGUUUUUAAGUAAGUCAGGCGUGUGUGGAGGAAACUGUGAAGCGAAAGAGAGCAGGCUGGUUAAAUCCUGGUGAAGUUAGCUUUUUCUUUCCAGACCCAGUGAAAUACUGUACAACCACUUGAUCUCUUAAAAAGUUCUUACUGUUUGAGUAGAGAUGCCUGUAGAGGACCACUGGACUGUAAAAGUGUAGAUGUAGCAUUUCCAUCCGUUAAAUAACUGUUUCGUUUAGCUGAAUGCCUGUCAGACUUUAUGACUCAGGAUGCUACUGUUUUAUAAGGCACUUUAUUAAAAUCCCUGGACUUGUACUUACUAACUGCUGCGUAGAAACACAUGCUGCAUACUGUAACAGGUUCAUGUUUUGAAUCUACAAUGUUAAUGCCAAUCUUAACUGUUACUCUUCAUAGUACGAUAUGUUUGGCCUUUUCGAUUCAAUGCUUUUCCUGCGCUGUGCCUGCUCUGUUGACAGAGACCUCGUCGAGUCAUGUUGCCCUAAAAUCUGUCCUCCAGAGGGCAGUGUAGGAACGUGUAAACAAUACCAUUGCCAACAACUUAAAUGAAUCCUGAAAAACCUUUAACCAUGGAUGAGUUUAACAAAUAAAUAAAACAACCUCUGACUGUAAUUAUGCAGGUUCUUAUGUUCAGGCGUCCCUCAAUAAUGUGAGGCACUGAUCAGCCAUAGUAAUCAAUGUUAACCCCAGCUUUAUUUAUAUGCACAGAAAUUAAACUGGAGGGACCCUCAGUGCUGGGUGUUGUAAAUGUAUAUGUUGUAGAUCACUUACUAAUGAUUUUGGAAUUAAAAUACUAAUGGCAAA